CUGCUUUGGAGGAAAAUGCACUGUACAAGAAGAAAGAGACUGCAGCUGAGCCGGAUUCUGUUUCUCCUCUCUGGGGUUUUCCUCUGUACCCUCUACCAGCUGACCAUCAGUGCCAGACUGUAUGAGCCUUUGCCAAUGCCGCAGAUUGGAGAUGAUUUUGGGGAGGGUUCAACAGGGGGGGUUGAGGAGACUACAGUGGAGAUUCAAGGGCUGGAGGAACCUUUCACUGCAACACAUGAAAUAGAGCUCACAGAUCAAACAACGCCUGAGAUGCAUGUGAUAAAACACCUGAAUACAACUUCAGAUUUGCAGGCAUCCACCCCCACUGAAUCUCCACCAUUGCCAACCACAAACCGGACCAUUGUGCAUUGCAUCUAUGUUUCCCCUGAGCCUCCGCAGGAGACACCCAUGCCAGCUCCAGCUCCUCCUGUAACCACUAUUACUCCAGCUUCUCCUGGAGAGGCUCCACAUGUGAAGGGUGAAUAUCCUGAAGAUAUCUUUUCUGUUGAAGACCGCAGACGAGGCUGGGUGAUCCUCCACAUUUUUGGGAUGAUGUACAUGUUUGUGUCGCUUGCAAUUGUGUGUGAUGAGUUUUUUGUUCCUGCACUGGGGGUAAUCACAGACAAGCUAGCCAUCUCUGACGAUGUGGCGGGAGCCACCUUCAUGGCAGCUGGAGGUUCUGCCCCCGAGCUUUUUACCUCUUUGAUAGGGGUCUUUAUCGCCCACAGCAACGUGGGCAUUGGCACAAUAGUUGGUUCAGCAGUUUUCAACAUUUUGUUUGUGAUUGGAAUGUGUGCUUUGUUUUCUCGGGAGGUACUUCAUCUAACCUGGUGGCCACUUUUCAGAGAUGUAUCCUUCUACAUAUUUGACCUAAUAUUGCUCAUCAUCUUCUUCUUGGACAACAUCAUAAUGUGGUGGGAGAGCAUGAUGCUGCUGGCCGGUUACACUGUCUAUGUGAUUUUCAUGAAGUUUAAUGUGCAAAUAGAGCGGGCCUUCAAGACCCAAUUGUACAAACACAAGAACAUUGUCAAAAUCAUUACUGUGGAGGAACCUGAAAUGACAAAUGGUGACGAUGAAGAUAAUGCCCCUCCUGCUCCAGAGGACAACAGUCGGUUAAAGUUGAAGCCAUCCCUUCAGCGAGGGGGAAGUUCAGCUUCUUUACACAACAGCACCAUGAGAAACACCAUCUUCCAACUCAUGAUCCACACGUUAGACCCUCUAGGAGAGGGGAAAUUUAAGGAUAAGGCUGAGACUCUGAAUAAUGUGGCUAGACGGAAGGCAGAGAGCAAAACUCAAGACAAAAGUGAAGUUGGCGCGGGAAAAACUGAGCCGGCCAAAGAGUCAGAGUCUCCCCCAGCUAAAGAGACAGAGAAGAAGGAGCAGGCAGACGACAAGAAGGUACUCUCCAACCAGGUCGCUAUCAAAAAGCCCAGAAGUCAGUCUUUGAUACCUGUCUAUGAGGAUGCACCAGCAGGAGGGGAUGGCUCAGAGGACAGUGAUGAAGACAGCGACGAGGACAGCGAUGAGUCCAGUGAAGACGAGGAUGAUGAUGAGGAUGAAGAUGAGGAUGAAGAGGAGAAAGAGGAUGAGCCUCUGUCUUUAGAGUGGCCUGACACACCACGUAAACAAGCCACCUACCUCUUCCUGCUGCCCAUAGUCUUCCCUCUGUGGCUCACAGUUCCUGAUGUUCGCAACCAGAAAUCCAGAAAAUUUUUUGUGGUCACCUUUCUGGGCUCUAUUCUGUGGAUUGCUAUCUUCUCCUACCUCAUGGUGUGGUGGGCCCAUCAGGUGGGUGAGACCAUCGGCAUCUCUGAGGAGAUUAUGGGCCUUACGAUCUUGGCUGCAGGGACGUCCAUCCCUGACCUCAUUACCAGUGUGAUUGUGGCACGUAAAGGCCUGGGGGACAUGGCAGUGUCCAGCUCUGUGGGCAGUAACAUCUUUGACAUCACUGUGGGUCUGCCAGUCCCGUGGCUCCUGUACUCAUCCGCCCACGGUCUGGCUCCAGUGGCCGUCAGCAGCAAUGGGCUCUUCUGUGCUAUCGUGCUCCUCUUCCUCAUGCUCCUCUUUGUCAUCAUCUCCAUCGCAUCCUGUAAGUGGAAGAUGAAUAAGAUACUGGGUUCCACCAUGUUCUUGCUCUACUUUAUCUUCCUGGUGCUUAGUGUGAUGCUGGAGGAUCGCAUCAUUGUCUGUCCUGUUUCAAUCUGAACGAGUGAGCAGAAGCUCUCUCUAUAGCAGUUGUCCUCUUGUGACGCAUAACUGUCUACUUGUACAUGUACAGAUCUCACGUACAGGUCUGGAUGUAUGUAGAAACCAUGCAGAAAGCUUCUGUAGUUUCUCUGCACUGCUGCCAGGUGACAUUUGUCUCACUUGUCAGCAGCAGUACACAUACUAACAUACUAACACAUACUAACAGUUUCUAGAACUUGUUACAUACUUUUUACUUUUAGCAACAAUGGCAGCUUGUAUCUUUUCUGUUACACCAGGAGAUGCAGAGUUCCUGUCUAAUAUAGUGCAGAUUGUGCAGUCGUAGCAGUAAAAGAAUGAACAAGGACAACUUUUUUUUCGCUGUUUACAAAACAGCAUCUACAGAAUGGAAUUAGAAAUCAAGAAUAAGUGCACAUUUUGGAAAAUGUAGGUUUCUAAAUGUGAAUUUUGUAUAAAAUGUAAGUACACACUUGCGCCAACAACAGUUUUAUAACAUUCCUUGUAGAGAACCCGAGCUUGCUUGAACUCACUGUUCAUUCAUGCACAUCAGUUUUUAUUUUAACAAAAAAAAAAAAAAAAGUCAGGGACUUUACAGCCAUAGAAUAAACGUGUUUAUUCAUAAAUGAAAGCAAACUAUAGAUCCAGCCAGGGAAAAAAAUUGAUUUCUUUUUUAUGUAAAAAUCAUACAAAUUAGUAUCUGUGUUACAAAUGAUAAAUAAUACUUCAUAAACAUUGUUUAGAUUGACAAAUAGUGUAAACAACAUAUAGACAUCAAAUGAUGUUUUGGUCAUCAUUGGUUUUUUUUUUCUUCGUUUUUUGUUACUGGUUACAACUUACAGGGUGGUUAAAUGCAAAUGUACAUGCUGUGUUUAUUCCAAGCACACAGCUGUAUCUAUUCCAGCAUCUUAUCAUCAUAAGUGAUUGGGACGGUCAGUAAUAAGCUGUGCAGCUGCAUCACACAACAGACAGAAUCUAGGCAGGUUUUUGUCAGUUAGUGAAAGACAAUAUUAACACAGUGAACAAUCACACUAAUUUUUGGACGUGGUUUUGAAUUCGGGCAGGUCAGAGCUGUUGUUCAAACUUAACACAUUUAUAAAUCUUUUAACAUGGCUCAGUGCAAAGACUCAUGCACUGCCAUCUGUUCAAAAAAUGUUUCCAACAGUCAGUUUUAUUACAAGUGGUUAAAAUGACCUUAAACAGUGCACUGUUGUCCAAAUGUCUAAAACUGACAUAUACACAAAACAGUGAAGACCAAAAAGAAAUAUACAAAAUACGAGAAUCAAAUACUCUGUACAAUUUCAUAGAUCUACUACUGUGUCAGUACAUGAAUUUGUUUAUCAAAAAUUGUGUUGAUUAAACCAACAAAAACCA